GCCAUCAUGGUCGAUGCCGCGCUGAUGUUCUGACGUUAGAAGGAGUGUUUGAGACCUGAGCUUAUUCUUCUUGGACGACAAGGAAUUCUCAGCGAGAAAUAUUGUCUAACGAUAUUCCGUGUAAUAAGGUCCGCCCGACGUCGAAGAUGGCUGCUGUCAGCUCCAUCUCCAAUGUCGAGAACUUGUCGCCACAAAUCAUACGCAGGGUCGCUAAGGAGAUGAGUGAGCUUGUAGAGCAGCCACCCGAAGGAAUUCGUGUAAUCAUCAACGAUGAGGACGUCACUGAUAUCCAAGCAGUUAUUGAAGGACCUGCUGGAACUCCAUACACAGGAGGUUUCUUUCGAGUGAAGUUAGCAUUGGGAAAGGACUUUCCACAGGGACCCCCAAAGGCUUUUUUCCUUACAAAGAUCUUCCAUCCGAAUGUAGCAAAGAAUGGUGAAAUUUGUGUAAACACUCUGAAGAAGGACUGGAAAUCUGAUCUUGGCAUUAAGCAUAUACUACUGACUGUGAAAUGCCUGCUCAUCGUUCCGAACGCGGAAUCUGCAUUGAACGAAGAGGCUGGUAAGCUCCUCUUGGAGAGGUACGAUGAUUAUUCAGAGCGAGCGAAAAUGAUGACAGAGAUUCAUGCUCAGGGAGGUGGAAAGGGCAGCAAGGCUGGUCUGCAAAGCUGUGCUUCCUCAGACAUGGCUGGUGGCCCGUUGCCGAAGAAACAUGCUGGAGAUAAAAAAUUAACAGCUGAAAAGAAAAAAAUGUUAAAAGAGAAGAAGCGGACGCUUAAGCGAUUAUGAAGCGGGUCACGUCUAACUCGUCCUCUUAUUCCUUUAUUCCUAUCCUAAAAGCGCGUUUCUCUAUCUUUUCUCAUUUUGUCCCCAGGAUAAUUUAAAACGCCGUACGCAGCGUACUCAUUGUACACGGUAACUUCCUAGUAAAAUGUUUAUUACCUAAAGACGACUGAUAUCUCGUUGAUUGAACUGCUGGCUCGUCAAUACCGAGUUGGUUUCCUUAGAGGUUUCCCUCGUUAGCACCGCUAAGGUUCGGUUUACCGGACAUUGCGGAUAUUUUUACAUACGUGUACAGAAGACAGAUAUGUGUAUGAUGUGAUGAUAUGAAUAUUAGAUGAUUAUUUAAACGAAUAAAUGCUUUCUCAGAAUU